AAGUCCUAUCUCUUCCCUCCUACAUUUUCGCUCACGACCGCUCGCCACAAUGGGUGCCGAAAAGACAGACGUUACUGCUGAUCACACUAGCAAAGGCGAAUUCUCCGACGUCUCAGGCCAUGAUGGAGAGUCUCUUCAGGGGCCCUCGCGGCACACCCUGCAACGUAAACUCAAGAAUCGUCACAUUGCCAUGAUCAGUAUUGGCGGUGUUAUCGGUACUGGUCUUUUUGUUGGAACCGCAAACUCUCUGAGUUAUGGAGGCCCCAUCGGUCUGUUGCUCGGCUACAUCGUGAUGGGCACUAUCGUCUAUUGCGUUAUGAUUAGUUUGGGAGAAAUGGUUGCUUACCUACCUAUACCUGGUGGUCACAUCAAACUUGCCGAGCGCUUCGUCGACCCUGCGUUCUCUUUCGCUAUGGGUUGGAAUUACUGGUAUGACUGGGCGAUUGGUUCUGAAAUUGCUGCUGCUGCAUUAUUGAUAAACUAUUGGAAUUACACUGUCAAUGAUUCAGUAUGGGUCGUCAUAUGCCUUGCCGUUGUUGUGGCCAUUAAUAUGCUCGGUGCUGGCGCUUACGGCGAGGCGGAAUUCAUAUUUGCAUCCAUCAAGGUCAUCACAAUCACUGGUCUUAUUAUUCUCGGUAUAAUCAUCGAUUUGGGAGGUGGCCCAAACCGUGAUCGCAUUGGAUUCCGCUACUGGAAAAAUCCUGGACCAUUCGUUCAGUAUAAUGGCAUUCAAGGCGCCAAGGGACGAUUCCUUGGCUGGUGGGCUGUUCUGAUCCAGGCUGCUUUCUCGUUCAUUGGAACCGAAAUUGUUGCUAUUGCUGCUGGAGAAGCGAAGAAUCCUCGUCAUACCUUACCCAAAGCCAUCCGUCGAGUAUACAUCCGUAUAUUACUUUUCUACAUCGGCGGAACCCUUAUCAUUGGUCUGCUUGUACCAUCCGACAACCCAUUACUCGUAUUGAACAGUGGAACCGCCCAGUCUCCAUUCGUCAUUGCUAUCGAAACAGCUGGAAUUAAAUUUCUUCCUUCGGUAAGCCGCACAUGGCCUUCCCUUUUUUUACCUAGAGAUUUCUUAUUGAGUUAUUCCAAACAGAUAAUUAAUGCUUGUUUGUUGACCUCGGCAUGGUCCAACUCAUCUAGUUCCUUGUACACUGCAUCUCGUGCGAUUCGUGCGUAUGCUUAUCCGGUGGCCAACUCAUCGAAAUUAACGAACUUCGUAGAUGGUCUUGCAGCCUCAGGAAAUGCUCCCAAGAUCUUCCUUAAAACCACACGCAACGGGUUGCCUUACGUUGCUGUCCUCUUCACAGCCAUUUUCUCCUUUCUUGCCUUCAUGGCUGUGUCCAAGGGUGCGGGCUCAGUGUUUAACUGGUUGUCCGACAUGACAUCCGUCGCUGGCCUUAUGACGUGGUUUGGUAUUUCUGUAACGUACCUCCGCUUCUACAAGGGCAUGCAGGUUCAAGGCAUCGACCGCAAGACGCUCCCUUACUACACAAAUCUCCAGCCAUAUGCAGCGUGGUGGGGAGUAAUUUCAACGAUCACCAUCUGUUUCUUCAGCGGAUGGAAUGUCUUCCUCGAAGGUAGUUGGAAUACUGCAACUUUCGUUACCAACUACGUCCUUUUCAUUACCUGGCCAAUCCUGUACUUUGGUGCUCGCCUCUACUAUGGCACCAAGCCCAUUGCUGCAGCGGACAUGGACUUCAAGAGAGAUAUAGCUGAAAUUGUGGCGGACUCGUAUGAGGAACCCCCGCCAAAGAACAAGAUAGAAGCAUUCUGGCAAUGGCUGGUGAGCAUGGCUGCACCGCUUGGCAAUUUUUGAAUGUAAUUAUACCUGCAAUAAUACCUGGAGAUCGAAUAUAUCACUGUUUUUUGUAAGCCCUCAAUUGUUCGACAUACCUGGUUGUUCGUUGUAUGUCACUGCCAACUCUACCAA